AUGAACAAGUCAAUUGGGGCACAAAUCCCCCUCACUUGGAAUAAGAAGGCUUGGGGAAAAGUCUGCCACAGUAGGUAUGUCUCAACCAACUUUGAAUACAGCCCCUCCAGCACAAUCUCCCGAUUUAAGGCCAUCCCCAUUGUCGAACGGGAUUCAACAAAAUGGCAGAAGAAAUCAUCCCUGCCUGUGCAGGCACAUCAGACAUUAUUCCCUGAUAACAACGACGCAUUUUUGGAGCUAAUUAAAAAAAGUUCAAAAGAUAAAAAAGAAAAAAAUGAUCUCUCUCUUUGGCACAAGUAUUGUAGAGAAGUGAAAAUUAGAAUCAACGAAAAGAAUAUUAUUAGCCCCCGAAUGAUUACCACUUUUUUUACCUUCCUUUCACAGAUGGAUUAUAAAAAUGACCGCCUUAUCAGUGAGGUGCUAAAUCGGUGCAUUUUGCGUCUUCACGAAUUUGACCUCGUGCACAUGUGUGCUCUGCUGAACGCGUUGGCGAGGAUGAACUUCCGUAGCGCCUACUUUUUGGACGAGGCGAGGAAGAAGUUGAUGCGUGAGGGAGACUCUUACUUUGAGCGGCACUCGCCGCACUACGUGUGUCUCUUGGUGAACAGUCUGGCCAAGCUAGGCUGCGCACCGGAAGGGAGUAACAGUGAGGGUAGCCUUGAGCGUAGCGGGGUUGAACUGUCUAACGAAGAGGGGACUAGUCAUAUCACCAUCGCGGGCGAAGAGCAUAGCGGUGAUGACGGCACUCCCGAUGGGCAGCUCUUGUCCCGCUUGGUCCAGCGAAUCCAGCACAGGAACGCAGUGGAGUACAGCUUGCUUGGGCUGAGCCUUCUCUUGUAUAACGUUUCCAAGUUUGGUCUCCACAAGUAUUACCACCUGUUCGGUCAGUUUGAAAAACAUAUAGUGAAGGUAAAGAAUGACCUUAACAUGAUCCAACUGGUUAAUAUAUUAACCGCAUAUGAAAAGACGUCCCUGUUGAAUUUGUCUUUGCUGGAUGAACUUUUACAAAUACCAAUAUUGCACGGUGUAGAAAAGGAUAGGAAAUUUAGUGUUCACCAUAUGGCGAGACUCUUAAACAUUUCCCUUUCAUUCGUGCUUUAUACAAAGGAGAGGAAUGUUUUGCCACCAGGAGGAAGCGAUGCAUUAGGCCGGAUUGGGCAACAGGUUGUUCAUAUGUUUAAUCAGAUGUGCAGACAGGUAGAUAAGUGUAGAGGGAAGGACCUACCUUUGGUAUGCCUAACGUUAAGUAGAAACAAAAAACUCAUCAUUAGGAAGGACGGACAACAACGUGUUAAUGGAAAUUCCCCCUAUUUGAUUUUCUCCUUCCCAAAGCAUAUACUCAAUACCCUUUUUGAACAAAUAACAAGAGGGGUGAAAAAAUAUAUUAACACGUAUAACCAUGUGCAGCUAUCUACUAUCCUUUACUGCUACGCAAGUUACGACAUUCGAGACAGGAAGACCCUUUUUCAUCUCAUCAAGUUGAGGUCCUUAAAAAUAUUUUCAUCCUUUGGGCAAAAAUCCUUUUCCUUUCUCUUCCAUGCAUUUAAACGUAUGAACAUAGAAGAUGUAAUUUUUGAAAAAUCCUGUCUGAACAGAAUGGCGCAGUUGGGUCAUUUUAGCUGCGUGCAAAGUUUUUGUUUGACCCUCUCGGCUUAUGCCUCUGUGAGGAAGGACAGACAGAGGGAGGACCUUUCCCGGUUGAUGUUUUCAAAUUUCAGGAGAGUGCUCUUCAAUGUUGCUUCCGGCCAGCAUAUCAGUCGGCUGGCUAGCCUCCUCACCAAGGUGCACAAAAUUCCCCACGCACAAGUGUUGAAUCUUCUUGCGAGUCGCUACCAAAAUUAUGAACACACCUUGUCCACGGCCAGCUGCACAACUCUCCUCACUUCAUUAUCCAAUCUGUGUGCACACCUAACUGAGAACGAAGCCAAGCCAUCGUGGAGGAACUAUUACCAUUUUGUAAAUUCACUAACGACAAGGAUACUUGCAGACAGCCAUUUGUACAGAAGCAAAGAUCUGUUAAUAAAUUUCCUACACGGCAGUGGCAAAACUUUCCCUGCUUUUGCCAAAUGCACCAAAGUGGACGAGAACAAAAUGUUUUAUUUUGAAAAAAUUCUCAAAAUUGUCUUGCCCCAUGUGUAUCCUUUUGUUGACCAAAUGAGUGUUGGGGAAAUUGCUGUCCUGGUGGAAUGCCUCAGGAAGGAGAAUUACUCCAGGGAGGCGAUAGCCGCCGUGGUGGACUCGGCGAGUGGCAUGCAGGUAGACGAACUUGGGGGGGCGCUGCUCGGCAAGGUGAAGCGUCUGCUGCGCGGGGGGCAUGCGGCAAAUGAAGAGGCGGCUAAUGGAGAAGCGGCAAAUGAGGAAGAUAACAUACGCAUCGCUAACGCAAUCACCGUGUGGAGGGGGUUGCUGAUGCUAGGACUCCACGACCAGGAGUUGUUCCAAUUGAUGGUCCAACGGUGCAUCCUGUCCUCGCAGUGCCUAUCGUCCGUCACAUGUGUAUCUCAAGCCAUACACUACGUGUGCGUGUACAUGUACAUGCACAGCGCGACCAGUGAGCCCAUUCCGAAGAAGCGACACGUAGACCUAUUACAAUUUUUACUUAACAUUGUACAAAGGUUGAUGGUCAACGAGGGGCUGCUUCAUUUCAACUGCAGAGAUGAAGACGAUCAACUCCUUCCCUCUGAAGAAAACUUAAGCAGAUUUACCAAUGAGCCUCUUUUGGAGAAGGCCCUCACUGGGUUAUGCGAAGCUGUUGUGAUAAUCCUACCCCACGUGUUCAACAUAGAGAUGGAUCUACCUGCGCAAUUGUCCUACCCUUCGGAUAAGUACCUUUAUUCCAUCGCGUUUCGACCUCUGAUGAUAAUACUAAUAGCGAAGAACAGAGCAAAAACGAGUGGCACGAUGAAGCGAAUGAGCAGAUACGGUCGAGUACGAAAGAGGAAAAAAGGGUUAUUAGUAGGUUAUGACAGGAUGACGACCAGUAAGUAUCACAUUAGGAAUGAGCAGCUGUUGACCAGCGUGGAUAGGUGUCACUCAUGGGUACAAGGAGCUCGAAGUAGGUAUGCAAAGUCGAUCAUUUUACAAAAGGAGAGUAGUCUCCUACUGAAGGACGUGAUCCAUUGGGGCCACAAAAAUGAACAGGUUAAUAAAAUUUUUCUCCGUCUGGUGAAGGACUCCCUGCACUGGAAUCCUCUUAACGUUGGGAGCUUGUUCAAUUUGGUGUAUUUUUACUUUAUGAAAAUUGAGAACGGCGGGUCCACAUGUGAGCAGAAACCGACGCGGAAGACGACGACAACGCAGAAUGCGACGCGGGCAGAGAGGAGCUGCCUUCUAUACUGCCACCUCCUCCACUCCAUGUUGAUGCAUAUAUGUAGAGGUCAGUUUAGGAGAGAAAAAGCAGCCGUACUGAAGGGCAAGCCGAGGGGAAGAAACAUAAGGGCAGUUUUUUUUUCCCUCUUUAAGGAAGACGUGAAGAGGGAGAAUUUUCAGAUCAGGCUGGUCAGGCGUAUUGGGGACAAGUGGAAUACCAUCCCCUGCAUGAGUGACCAAACGUUGUUAAUAAUUUUGGUAGAAAAUAUGCACCUGCUCUGUCUGAUCAACUAUAGAAUGGGGUUAUGGCGUGACGUUUUUUAUUACGCCAAUUUUCUGCUGCACCUUCUGCAGAUACGCAGAUUGAGUGGCCUCUUGAAGGCGAACCAUUUCUCCCUUUCCGCCACCCUGUGCAUGGCGAAGGCCGCUUGUUCCGUCCUGGCCUGCUCAGGCGACGAGCGGAUUCACCACUCGACGCAUUUACGCGCAGUUAGCGCUUUGCAGGGAUUGCAGAGUGGCGAUGUGCGCUUGGAGAAGGGGCAAAAUGGAAUGGACACGCGGGACGUUGAGCAGACGGACGACUCCCCCACCACGAGAUGCUCUACAAAUGCUUCAUACAAAGAAGCGCUCACACUGUUGAAAUGCGAAGAACGUUUUUUGUCUUUCCUGUUAAGCGAAGAGGAUACAACCAUGAGAGCGAAACACGUGGUCGAGCAGGACUACAUGCUUGAACAGCAUGUACACCACCCACUAUCAUCACUUAUAACAAAAAUAAACCUGUGCAUACAUCACUGUCUCAACUAUAGGCAGUACCAUACCCUGGCGCAAUUUUUAAUGUGGAGGGCCCGGCUGUAUUACCAUGUGGGUUUGUUUAGAAAAUGCUUAUCGGACACCAGCAAAGUUGCCUUGAUGAACCUACACGCAAGUGCUUCAUUGAGAAUGGACGUAGAUGAGGGGGGAGGAGGAGGGGGAGAAGAAGAAGAAGGAGGACGACGAACCGCUAACUACUCCUGCGUAGGAUUGAUACUCUCGUGUAUGCAUCGCCUGAACCUCCUGCGCGCGUCUGAUUCGUAUCUACUUAUCCCCUUAAUGAGAGGCGGCACGACGGGGAGUUACACAUGGAAGGGCAAAGCGACCUGCACACCAACAGACCAUACGAAGAAAAACCAUAUCGUUAACAAGAGAGAGCAUCCGUACUCUUGGUGUCGAUCCGCCGAGGAUAAAACUCUCCUCCGUGUCCUCCACGGGAACAGGAAGAAAAUCCCAUUUACUCUUUAA